AUAUCGUCACUUCCCAACUAUUUAUCAGGGUCUGAGUGCUCACACCUCUUUUGCAGAGUUCACACGUUGGUAUCAAGAGGCCGUUUCCCCCGCCCCUUUACUCUGGGGAAGCGAAAGGACCACAUAUUGAAAACAACAGCAGGCUUGUUUGCGAUAUGUCGACUGUUGACAACGUCGAUCUCCCUUCUGGAAGCCCUCCAGGAUCAGGUGGGAAACGCUGCGCUGACUUCCGCUUUAACACUGUGUUGUUGUUGUUGUUUGCUAUGUGAAAAGUUCCCAAAUCGGGCUUGGAAAAGGGAAGGGACGAUGAUGAUCGCCUGCCUUGGGAUCGGGGCCUGGCGAGGUUUAAGGCGGGUGAUUAGGGCGCGUUAUCUGCGCUGGAGAAACAGACCGAGAAACGCGUGUGGGAGAGAAGGAAAGCUUCCCCGCCCUCAGGAGCGGGUUCCAAAAAACUAGGCAGAAGCAGAAGGCAAAGUCCCGACGGAACAAGCGGGGGCCCGGGCAGGAAUCAGGGAAGGAAGGGGGUGUCCCAACCAGAGGAUCCCUCCCGCUCAACCGGCGUCCGCCCAUUCGCCCGCUUUGCCGGACGCCACUUAGGCUCGGCUCCCUCCCCGCCGCGCGCACGUGCCGCCGAAAGAGAGCCGCAUCUCCCGGGCGGGGCGCGAGCGCGCCGGAGCUCCAGAGGGACCGCGCCGGGCUGGAGAGACGCCGCCGCCGCCCGCCCGGCACUGCGGCGCCUGCAGCAGCAAUAGCCGGAAUGUGAAGCGACCCCCCCCCCCCAACCCACACGCACCCCUCGAUCACGCCGGGACCCCGGUCGGCCUGGCCCUGCCCGCGGAGCCGAGCCCCGGCCGGCGAUGGGCUCGCGGCUCGGGCGGCAGAGCAGCCUGGAGGAAGAGGCGGCUGCGGCUGCAGGGGAGCCGCCCCGGCCCAAGAAGAAGAAGAAGAAAAAGAAGCAGGACUGCCGGGGCCAGAAGGAGCCCCCUCUUCCGCGGCGCCGCCUGGGCUUCCCGCUGGCCUCGCGGCUGCUGAGCUCAGAGAAACUGCCGGGGGUUCUGCGGAAGAGCAGCCCGGCGCCCCCCUACGUGCGCCGGGUGGGCUGGCUCCGCGACAUCCAGGCGGCCCUCCGCCAGCGCCGCCGCGACCAGGCGACGCGCACCCUCCGCCUUCUCCGCAAGGACCUUGGUUUAGAAGGGACAUUCCUCAAUGAAGUUCUCUACAAGAACGCAGCCUUCCUCAACCUUGUGGAUCCCAUCUCCCACGAUCUCCUGAUGAGCCUUGCACGAGACCUACAGUGCCCCAAAAAGGAAUAUGACCCCUGGAAGUCCUCGGACCGGAUCUGCCGGCAGCUGAUAUACCACUUGACUCCUCAUUCCAAGUGGCACCGGCAUGGCCUGCCCCGGCGGAGGUCCCAGGCCAGUCUGAAAAACAGCUUGCAAAAGAAGCUGAGCCCAGACACAAUGGACCUGUCAGGGAUCCCCCUUUCCACGAGAGACGUCCACCGCCUGGCUUACUACCUGCAGAACAAAGGUGAGGACUUGAGCACUGUGGACCUGAGCUUCACCGACCUGACGGACGAGAUGAUGUGCCUCUUGCUGCCUUUCCUGUGGCCACUGCCCAACCUCACUCACCUCUCCCUCAACGGGAACCGCCUCACCCGCGCCACUGUGAAGGACCUCACUGACACCAUGAAGGAGGCGAGCAAGUUCCCCUGCUUGGCGUGGAUCGACCUCGGCAACAACGUGGACAUCUCCUCCAUGCCCCAGCCACUGCUCGUGGGUUUGCGGAAGCGCCUGGGUCAGCACGCCACACUGCCCACCAUUUACGAGGUCCUCGACUGUGAGGCCGAACUCUCCAGCGGAGCAGAGGCCAGCCAGGCGGAGGAAGGGGAAGGUGCAACGGCCGGAAGCAAGUCCCACAACUUCCUCCCACAGUCCUGUGAAAGGCUGAAAACGUUAUGAGGAAGAAGGACACUCUCUUAGAUCAUCUACCAUCCAGUUCUUGGAACAACCCAUCUGCUGAGCCCUGGGAGAAAACACCACCAUCUCCCAAGUUGCUGUUAUAAAUGGUGGGUGAAAAAUCUGAACUGAAAAUCAACAGGCUCAUAGCUGACUCCCAAGCAAAGGUAAAAAAAAGAAGAAGCCUCAACUGACCAGUAGCAUUGGCUGCUGAAAGUCAGUCUGGAACCGGUACAGGAGCAAAAAGGACAGCAUGAUGACACCUUUCUGUCUGUCUGCUUGCCCCCAUCCCCUGGGCCAGGCUUAUUCACCUUGUGGGU